CGUCAUUCCACUCCAAAAGAGGAACACUCCACCCUUCGCAACUCCGGCAGCCACGCACUAUGGCACCUCCAUAUAAGGAACACCUGCCCACACGUCAACCCCCAGCCAGCCAGCAACCGUAUGCUCCCUCCACUCCCAGCCCCAUGUCUACCUUCUGCUGAACAUUCUGAACCCACUCCGUUGCUGAAGCACCCAACCAUGGCGGUCUCCAACGCUCCACCCGCCUCGGAAACAACCCCUCUCAAUUCUUCCGCAACACCCCAAAUACCCCCACCCGUCGCCCCCCUCAGCGUCCUCACCUCCCAACCUUCUCGUCCACCACCACCACCACCACUAGAAGCCGACUCUCUCCCACCCCAAACCACAAAAACACCGUCACCAUGGCAAGUCGCUUUCCCCCUCUUCAUGUCCAUGUUCUCCUUCAGCGUCAUCGGCGUCCCAACCCAACAAUUCCUCCUCGUCUACCUCUGCUCCACAAUCUGGGACGGCUCAGACUCCGGCACGAGUGGUAGUCUCGGCGCUGGAGACUCGGACAACCCCCUCGGCGGCCGCCCAUUACCUGAUUUCGCAGUAUGCCGCACAAUGCCCGACGUCCAAGCCCUCACCGCGAAAUGGACAAUGGUCAUCCAACUCGCCACCGCCUUUCCCGCUCUACUCGCCACUCCCGUCAUCGGAACGCUUUCUGACAGGAUUGGGCGGAGGCCUAUGUUUUUCUUGCCUGCGAUCUCGGGGUUGAUUGGGAUACUUGCGAUCUUGGCGGUCGCGCAGUUUGAUGUGGGCUUGUGGGUUUUACUUCCGGUGCAUGUCUUGCAGGGACUCAUGGGCGGUUAUACCGCGAUUGUCAUGAUUGCGUACUCGUACCUCGCGGAUACAGUGUCGCCCGAUAGGAGGAGCAAGGUGUUUGUUCUGUUUGAGGCUCUCAUGUAUGGGUCACUCAUGGCGGGCCCGUACUUUGGGGGGUUGCUGUCCAAGAUCAUGCCAUCAGGCCUUAUCGGAGUCUUUUACGUCGCCGUGAUCGGCAAACUCAUCGUCCUUCUCUACAUCAUCUUCAUCCUUCCCGAAUCCCUCUCCAAGUCGCCCGCAUCCACCUCCACCACCCCCCAACCGUCCCCCCUGCACUCCAUAACCGGCAUCUUCUCAACCUUCACCCUCCUCUUCCGUCCACCCCGGACAUACCUCGUCAGCAUCCUGUUCAUCACGGCGGUGUGUAUUGGCGGGGUGAUGAAUUUCUUCUUUUAUGCGACGUAUGAGUUUGGGUGGGAUGCGUAUGAUGAGGGGGUUUUCUUGCUGUACAUGAGUGUCACGCGGUUGGUGUGGAUGUUGGGUGUGGGGGGUUUGCUGGAUCGGUUUGUCAAGGAGCGGAAGAGGGCUGGAGCCGUCGUCGUGGAGGAUGAUGAGAGUGCGACGGAAACACAGCCGCUGUUGAACGACUCCACGGCUACGGCUCCGGCUCCGGAAACGGGCUCGACACCGGUGGUUGAACGAGACGACCCGCAGACGGUCCUCCGCAAAGUCCGCUUCGACGUCUCCAUCGUGCGCAUCGGCAUGUUCACGAUGGCCGUCAGCUGGAUCGUCAUGGGGUUCGUCACCGAGGGGUGGAUGGUCUACGUCGUAACAAUAUUCUCCGGCUUCGGCGUCCUCGCAAAACCCACGCUCCGCUCCCUCCUCUCCCGCUCCACGCCGCCCUCGCAGCAAGGCCGUCUCUUUUCAGGCAUCCAACUCGCCGACCAGAUCGCCGUCAUCCUCUCCCAGUUCAUCUUCCCCCCGAUCUGGGCCGCGACGGUCGGGACGCGGUGGAGCAAUCUGUUCAUCGAGAUUGUCGCCGCGUUGUUUGUGCUCGCCUGGGGGAUCAGUCUGCUGGGGGUGAGGGCUGAGAAGGUCGUGAGUGGGCUGCAUGAGGAGGAGGACGGCGCCAAGAAGGAGGAGCUGGACGUUUGACGGGUAUAUAUAUAUUUAUACCCUGCGCUGUGAGGGGAGGAACCGCUAGGGGAUGUUUCGCACUUCGGGUCUCGUUCUCAAUCGUGUCUGCGGCCUAGAUGGCUUCCCUCUGAGUUUUUUUUUUUUUUUUUUUUU